UGAACACACAAGUGCUUUUCAUCGAUGCGUAUUAUACCAAGUAAAGUUGCUAUUAUUAUUAUUAUAUUUUUUUUACUUUAUAUUGUGAGUCGUUGUAGUGGAGCUAAAUGGGCAGAUCUUUGUAAAUGUGAAGAGUUGAGUUUUUGUCGAAGAAAUAGAGUUACAGAUCAGACUCCACUUGAGGGAAACCUACUUUUCCCCGAGACGCGUGUUAGAGAAGGCUCAGUGAAAGCACAACAAGUGAAAGUUAAAGGAGUUGUUGGAGAUUCCUUAUAUGCCAUUUUGGAAUCUCGUGUCGGGAACGUUUCAACAGAUCUUGUCCUGCAAGUCUUUCCUCUCACAGGAGGUAGUUUUAGGAUCACUAUUGCUGAAGAACAAGCUCCUUUGUUACGUUUUGAUGCAAAGGAUGCACUGAAAGAGCCUUUCCCUCUUGGACACUUUGAUCUUUCACCUUACCACGACGUUGAGGCAACUUUAUUAUGGAAUGAAGGGAAGAAACUGAUUUUGAAAUAUGUCCCUUUUGAAUUGUUGGUGUUUAGCAAUAAUCAAAGUUUAUAUCCUGAUAUAGUUGUUAAUCAUCAUCGGUUGACAAAGCUCGAAGUAUUACAGAACCAUUCCAAUCACUUUUGUGCCGCCUUGGAAGAAACCCAUUUAGCAAAUGAUAAUAUUUCUAUUGUGGAAAACAUGAGCACUAACACUAAGGAAGACUCUUUGCUUCAAUUAUAUUGUCAGAAUGCUUUCGAAGAGACUGUACAUGGUCACUUGGAUCAGAAGAAACGAGGACUUGAAGCAGUUUCCAUGGACAUUAUGUUUCCUUUUGGACAACAUUUAUAUGGACUUGCUGAAAGAGCAACGGACCUUUCAUUGUCUUUUACCAAGGACAGCCUUUAUGGUUCAGUCUAUUCAGAACCAUACCGUUUUUAUAAUUUAGAUGUUUUUGAAUAUGAAACUCAAAAGCCUUUGGGUUUGUAUGGAUCGAUUCCUGUCUUAUAUACCCUCGAGGAGAAAUCGACUAGUGGUUGUUUAUGGCUAAAUGCUGCGGAAACGUUUGUCGACAUAUUUCCUUCCAAUUGGUCGCAAGAGUCCAGUUUAGCAUCGCAUUUUAUUUCGGAAACUGGUUUAUUGGAUGUCGUUUUAUUUCCAGGAGGUAAAACUCCGCAAGAUGUUUUCAAUCAGUAUUUGCUUGUUACAGGCAGGCCAGCUAUGACACAAAGAUUUGCUCUUGGUUACCAUCAAAGUCGAUGGAAUUAUCGAGAUCAGAUGGAUACUUUAGCUGUCAACCAGCGGUUCGAUCAAUUCAACAUUCCUUGUGAUGUUAUAUGGUUGGACAUUGAGCAUACCAAUGGCAAGCGCUACUUUACAUGGGAUAUGGAAAAGUUUCCGGAUCCUUCUUCUUUGCUGAAAAGGAUUGGAGAUAAUGGCAGAAAACUUGUUACUAUAGUAGACCCACAUAUUAAAGUGGAUAAUGAUUAUUUCGUCUAUCGUGAAGCAAAGGCAAACCAAUUUUUCAUUAGAAAACAAAAUGAAGAAGAAGAAUAUUCAGGUUGGUGUUGGGCAGGUCUUAGUUCGUAUUUGGACUUUGUGAGUAAAAAAGUGAGAAACUGGUGGUCAACAAGGUUUCAAUUUCGGUAUUAUCCUCAUUUUGGAGACAAUCUUUAUACUUGGAUUGAUAUGAAUGAACCGACAGUAUUUGAUGGCCCUGAGAAUACGAUUCCAAAGUCUGUGAUUCAUUUGGAUGGUUGGGAACAUCGUCAAGUUCAUAAUAUGUAUGGAUUUUAUAUGCAUAAAGCUACUUAUGAUGGUUUGCUUCAAUCUCGAAAUUUUUCCGAUAGACCAUUUGUUUUGUCGCGUUCUUUCUUUGCAGGAAGUCAUCGUUAUGGCGCAGUUUGGACAGGUGAUAAUCAAGCUAAUUGGGAACACUUGCGUUAUAGCAUUCCUAUGAUUCUUUCACUUCAGAUUUCAGGUAUGAUUCUAUCAGGCGCUGAUGUUGGUGGCUUCUUCUUCGAUCCAGAUCCAGAGUUACUCAUUCGGUGGUACGAGGUUGCAGCAUUCCAACCAUUCUUUCGUGCACAUGCACACGAAGAUACAAGACGUAGAGAACCUUGGGAAUUUGAUGCACAAACAACUACGCUCAUUAGAAAAGCAAUACUUCGACGUUAUGAAUUGUUGCCUUACUGGUAUACACUAUUUGCUGCAUCCAGUAGUGUGAACUGUGAAGCAGAUUUUGAAACUUGUGGUCCUCCAAUGCGACCAAUGUUUUGGGAAUUUUCAUAUGAUAAAGAAACCUGGAAAGAGCAGACAGAAUGGAUGAUCGGCAAUGCUUUAUUAGUUGCACCCAUACUAGAGAAGGACUCUUUAUUUAGGACAGUAUAUCUUCCUCCAGGUAACGUUUCUCACCAGGAACAGUGGUUUGAUCUAUUCUCGACCGAUUCGAAGAAAAGAAGCAUAGCUCAACGAGGAUUCGUUCAGGUCAACGCACCAUUAGGAAGACAUAUAGUCUUCCAGAGAGGAGGAACAAUAGUUCCAUUUAGAAAUAGAACACGUCGUUCUACAGUUUGUAUGGAACGAGACCCAAUUGGAUUGCGAAUUGCGUUGGACCACGAUGGCAAAGCAAAGGGCCUUAUUUAUUUGGACGAUGGUCGCUCUUUUUUGUAUGAAUCAGGACACUUUAGACUAGCAAAAUAUCUUUGGAAUUCAACUGGUACUUUGCAAGUUAUGAUUCACCCACUUGGAAACAAACCAUUUGUAGGCUCGGAUAUAAUAAUCGAGCAGAUAGUUGUCUAUGGAAUGAAGCAGCAGCCGAAACGAGCUUAUGUCUCCUCACAACUGAACAAUGCGACGUUACACUUUUCCUCAACUUGAAAGUGGCACCUUUGAAUGAAAGCGAAAAAUGGGAG